GUAAGAUAUUAUCCUAAGUAUAUGUAUUUGCGCAUUUUCUCUGUUUCGAGUUCUACUUGCAUGCAAUGUACUACCAUGUUCCUAUCAAGCCACCCAGAAUAAUAUAAGCCGUCACGAAGAUCGAUGAAUGGCAAAUCCGACUUUUACUACUACUGCAACACACUUUGCGCUUUUCCUGCUUGGAAAAAAGAAUCGAAUAUACACAAUGUCAGCAAACGAAGACGCCAUGUCAACCAGCAGCCAACACGAAGAUACCCUUGCUGACGAGGAAAUGGCCGAAGCCUCUGACGCUGAAAGCGAAUUUGGUCCCAUCGAUAAACUCGACAUUGUUGCUGGCGCAGAUAAUGAGAAAACGGCAAUGACAUUUAGCUUUAAAGAAGAAGAUCACACCUUAGGCAACUCGCUUCGACACAUGAUUAACAAAAACCCGGAAGUCGACUUUUGCGGUUACUCGAUUCCUCAUCCAUCAGAAGCGAAAAUGCAUAUGCGUGUCCAAACAACCAACAAAACCACAGCUGUUGAUGCCCUGACAACCGGUCUCGAUAGCUUGAACGAUCUGUGCAAAGUCGUCUUGGAGGCAUACGAAGCCGAUUUGGCCAAGCGCGACUACGUGAUCGAAAACUAAACUAAAAUAAGCACCAUGUAAUUCUCUCGCAUACUACUACUCGGGAUGAUGAUCGAGUACAACGGGAUCUUUUAGAAUGGAAGGAGAAAAGAGGAGGAGAACGAAGAAAAAUGGAGGCGUAAUUUGUGAAGGAUCACAAGUUAGUUAAAUUAAAGGACUUGUUUGGCAACCAAAUUUUGGUUAUCGAACGGUUUAAUAGAAAAUGGUAUUUCAGAAGCAUUUCUGCUGUUGCUGUUGUAUUCGUGUAAAUACGAGCAUUACUAUGGACAUGCCGAUAAUAGGGGUGGAUUAUGCAACGGUCGCAGAUCUUUCAAAAUCAAGUGCUUGCAAGUGUACGAGAAAAUGGAAUAGCUUCUUUUAACGAG